AUGUUUCUGAUCGAAAACACAAAUGUUAUUCUAAAGUAUUUCUAUAAGCUUCUAGGGAUCAUCCAGUUCACUACGGACGAACAUCCUUCCACAAUCUCCACGGUGUUCUCUCACAUCUACCCUAUUCCCACAUUCGCCUAUUUCUUCUACGCAUCUACUAUAUACAUGUUAAAAAAUGACGGUACUGUAAGCACAUACACCUCCACAUGUGUCGAAAAAAUCGGAGGAUACAGCAGCUUAUUGACCAUGUUAACGUCGGCAGUUAUGUUUUUUAAAAGAACUGAACAACUGAAGAUUUGCUUGUUGAAACUAGACUCGAUUCAAAUCUACUUUGCCCCCAACAAACCUCCACGAAAAAAGAAAUGGGUUUGCGGAAUAAUGUUGGCAAUUCUCUCACUUAACGCUCUGUUCUUUUUUUGGCACAGUGGAGAUCUUUACGAAUUCGGUUUCUAUUUUAUUCCAAUGAUAAUGAGCGCCUAUGACCAUGUCUUUCUCAACGAUAUAUUAACUUGCGUUUCUUGCAAGUUUGACACGAUCAAUCGGUGUCUUCAGCGGCAAGUGAACUCCGUCGAUUUAUUUACGAUUUUUCCUUUGAACAGGGUGGAGGAAGUUAGGAGUAUGAAGCACAACGAGAUCAGUUCGACCAUUCAGAGGAUACAAGAGUUGACACAGAUGCACUAUGCGUUGAUUAACUUGACCAUCCGUAUCAGUGGUCUCUUUGAAACGACGACCAUAAUGGCGAUGUUAAUGUGGUUUAGUUAUGUCAUCGGAACUGUGUAUUAUUUGGCGAUACUGCUGCUCCAAAAAACACAAGAAAUGUAUAUAGAACUUCUAGGUGCAUGUAUCUAUUUGGCGUUUUAUUUUUACUGGUUUUUUGUGAUGGUGGUUAGUUUCAGUUACACCCAGAAGAAGGCCAACGAAACUGCUACUUACGUUCACGAUAUUUGGAAUAAGUAUGCUAUGAAUAAUGAAGUUGAUAAAAGAGUGCGCCAUCUUCAGUUUGUUUCGCUUAGGCUUCUAAAUACCAGAAUCCAAUUCACGGCUAAGGAUUUUUUUAAUUUGGACUGGACCUUCUGCCAUAUGAUGAUUGCGGCGAUCGGCACCUACCUUGUCAUAUUAAUCCAAUUCAAUAAUCCGUAA